AUGCUGCUCGUCAUGAUCGUGUUUGCCUUUGCUGUUAUCUUGACGCAGGCUGUGUCUGAGCAUACCGAAGGUGGCACCCGAAUAGAUGACGGUGAUCUACUAGUCAAGUAUUACGGAGACCUUUUCCGGUCAAUGUUGAGUCUUUGGAUGGCUGUGUCGGGGGGGAUUAGUUGGCACGAGCUCACCGCGCCGCUGAACGAAAUAGGAAGUUCCGCUUGGAUGAUGCUGUUCCUCAUAUACGUUACCUUCGUAUAUUUCUUCGUGCUCAAUGUGGUGACUGGUGUCUUCUGCCAAAAUGCAAUCGAAGGGGCUCAAACGGAUCUCGAUCUCACUCUCGAGGCCCAGUUCAAGGAGAAGCAGGUAUACGCAGACCGCCUGAAGCUGCUCUUCGAGGAGAUGAAUGCGGAUUACGAGACCGAUUACGAAGGGCUAACAGCAGCCGAUAUAUACGAGCAGAUGGAGAAGCCAAAGGUGCAGUCGUGGUUCAAGGCUAUGGACAUCGAUGCGAAGCAGACGUGGAAGUUGUUCAAGGCCCUCGACCCGGGAAACUCUGGCAGAAUCUCUCUCCAGGACUUCGUGGAGGGGUGCCUGCAGAUGAAGGGGUCGGCUACCCGCGUGGACGUGGAGUCGCUGAAGUGGGAGAUCAGAGCUGCGAAUAAGCGCGCCGAGCGCAAUGCUGAGAGAAUCGCCCAGCUUCUAGAAGCCAUUCCAGGAUCGGAGGUCGCACUUGUUAACGCCUGUCGCGGAUCUGGUGUCGGGUGA